GCUGGAGCGAAGUGUCGGGAUGCAGCGCCCCGGGCCCUUCAGCACCCUCUACGGGCGGGUCCUGGCCCCGCUGCCCGGACGGGCCGGGGGCGCGGCCUCCGGCGGAGGCGGGAACAGCUGGGGCCUCCAAGGCUCGCACGUGCAGCUGCCGGGGCGUGCACAGUCCGGGACCCGCGGUGGCUUAGACAGCCCAAGCACCAGCAGCCCGGACUCUCACAGCGUCUUCCCGGCCCCCUCCACUAUGUCCAAGGCUGAAGAGGCCAAGAAGCUGGCGGGCCGUGCGGCCGUGGAGAACCAUGUGAGGAAUAACCAAGUGCUGGGAAUUGGAAGUGGUUCUACAAUUGUCCAUGCUGUGCAGCGAAUAGCUGAAAGAGUGAAGCAAGAGAAUCUGAACCUCGUCUGUAUCCCUACUUCCUUCCAGGCACGGCAGCUCAUCCUUCAGUAUGGCUUAACCCUCAGUGACCUGGAUCGACACCCAGAGAUUGACCUUGCCAUUGAUGGUGCUGAUGAAGUAGAUGCUGAUCUCAAUCUCAUUAAGGGUGGUGGGGGCUGCCUGACCCAGGAGAAGAUUGUGGCUGGCUAUGCCAGUCGGUUCAUCGUGAUUGCUGAUUUCAGGAAAGACUCAAAGAACCUUGGGGAUCAGUGGCACAAGGGUAUCCCUAUUGAGGUCAUCCCAAUGGCCUACGUCCCAGUGAGCCGAGCUGUGACACGGAAGUUUGGGGGCGAAGUUGAACUUCGAAUGGCUGUCCACAAGGCAGGACCUGUGGUGACAGAUAAUGGAAAUUUUAUCCUGGACUGGAAGUUUGACCGGGUACACAAAUGGAGUGAAGUGAACACAGCUAUCAAAAUGAUCCCAGGUGUGGUGGACACAGGCCUGUUCAUUAACAUGGCAGAAAGAGUCUACUUUGGGAUGCAGGAUGGCUCAGUGAACAUGAAGGAGAAGCCAUUCUGUUGACCCUGUGAGGAGCAGUGUGCUCACCUUGAGUCUCUCCAGCCACAGCCAAGGUGGACGUGCCUCUCCUGGAGCCUUUGCCUUAAUGUAUCUGUGCCAGGGUGGACUGCUGACCAUGUGGGAAGUGAAAGUUAAAUCCAGUCUUCUGAAGUAUUGUUAUUAUGUGUCUUUUUAAAAAGAGAAAUUUAAACAUAUAUAUUUUUACUAUGAAAAAUAUUGUUUUUUUUUAUACAGUAGAACUUGAUUUCAUGUUUUAUAUGAAACAUUUACCAAAAAAUAAAAAAGAGGUGGGCAAGACUGUCUUUGAAACCUUUAGACUUGAGCCUGAUGGCUAAGCUUCUGAAACAUUGAGCUUGCUGAGAAAUAAAAAUCUCUUUCCUUUAAGCUGGUGAAAUGAAGGGCCAGCCAGCAGUGAUCUCCUGAUGCCUUACGGGAAACUUUGUUUACUUUUCUGCCACUCUGUUUUGUUUUUAGGUAGUUUUCAUUGCAAUCACGCACAAUACCCAGUUACAUUUUAAGGUCAGGUUUACAAAAGUCUGUGAGUGCAGCAGUGUGGUGUGGAGUGACUUGGAAUGUAAACUGUCAGGGUGAAGCUGUGGACUUCUCUGUUCUGGUCAUGGGUUUUUUCAGAUCCUGUUGUUGAAAGCAGUUGUCAGAAAUACUUGCCAGUACUGCUGAAGCACUGCUGUGAAAUGUGAAGCACUUGCUCUUAUGAAAAGUGAUUUUCUUUCUGUUAAUAUUUUUUCUAUUCCUUUAGUAUUACUGUAUGGUUUGGUGUCAGAAGUCAUCACUUCAUGUUGUUUGAAGUUUGAAAUAAACAGUGUUGUGCCAUUUUGACUCUUUGUUAUUACUAUAGAAUUUACAGUGAAAUGGAAAUCAGUUUUGCUCACUCAACUUAUAUCAGGUAAGGGGUAGAGUUCACUCAAGAAAACUGAGCCAAUUACCAAUUAAUGCCUUCUUUUUUUCUGGUAGGUAAUGCUUUCUGGUAUUUAAACAAGGGAAUGUUUAUUCCAUAGACCUUCAUCAGACAGAGAGAGUGUUAAUUUUCUUAGUUAUUGUGAAGGCAGCACAGCUGAACAGGUCAUACUUAUUUCCAUGUUUUAUAUUAGUCAAACCUCUUUUAGUCAUGGAAUCUGAUAAGCAGUAAAAUAAAUAACCUGAAUUUUCUUUUUAUUUCCCCCACCCUGUAAUCUUCAGAUAAACUGCCUAAUAAGCAGUGAGCUAUGUAGAAACAGCUGUAUAGACAGGGAAAGAAGGCCAUGACUGGCUCAGUGAUCAU